GUCCUGUGCGCGCGAGCGAUGCGCAUUCGUAUCAAGGAGGGUCACUCAGGCUAUGCAAUCAGUAUUCAUGAGCUUAUUGUCUCUUUAUAGAAAAUUUGGGAUUCUGACCGAGACACACUGACUUCGUAAAUGACGUGGGAGUGGAGUGACAUAUUUUUCCAUCCGUUAUGGGUGCUUCUAACGGCGAUAUUGGCCAUGAUUGUGCGCGCGCAACGGAAAGGUUCGUGGGACCCGCGCGCUUGUCCAGUGGAGCUAAAGGGCAAAACUGCGAUUGUGACUGGAGCUAACACAGGGAUUGGGAAGUUCGUUGCCCUGGACUUUGCCCGCCGUGGGGCUCGGGUGAUCCUGGCGUGCCGAAACAAGGCUCGUGGGAAUGCAGCACUGCAAGAAAUCCGAGAAUGCAGUGGAAACCAGAAUGUACACCUGCGUCUGCUUGACACCUCGUCACUUGCAUCAGUCCGCCAGUUUGCCGAUCAGAUCUUGGAGGAAGAGAAGGAAUUACACAUACUUGUCAAUAAUGCUGGGGCCUCAGGUCUUCCCAGAGAGAUCACUGCUGAAGGGUUUGAAAUCACGUUUGCAACAAACCAUCUUGGGCCAUUCCUCCUUACCAAUUUGCUUUUAGAUCUGUUGAAGAAAUCCACCCCUGCUCGCAUUGUAAAUGUCUCCUCUGCAAAUCACUGGAAAGGGCAGGUAGACUUUUCUCAUUUCCGUGGGGAAAAUCUAACCCUUGCGCACACUGUGUAUAGCCACACCAAGUUGCACAACAUCAUCUGGACCAACGAGUUGGCACGCCGGCUUCAGGGCACAGGAGUGACAGCAAACUCUCUGCAUCCGGGUGUAGCAAUGACUGAAGUGAUGCGAAACUAUAACAUCAUUCUACGAUUCCUAUUCAACUUGGUCGGCUUUUUCUUCUUCAAAAGCUCUGAAGAGGCAGCAGUCAACACAAUAUACUGUGCAGUGUCAGAUGAAAUGGAAGGAAUAAGUGGGAAAUACUUUGACAGUGAUUGUUCCCUGAUUCUACCAUCACCUCCAGCCAGAGAUCCUGCUCUUGGGGUGAAGGAAUUUGAGAUCUGCGAGAGACUGACAGCUAAACCUUAAAGAAAUUGUUCACCCAAAAAUGUAAAUUCUGUAAUCAUUUACUCACCCAAACCCUUAUGACUUUCUUCUUUAGAUCACAAAAUGAGAAGUUGUGCAGAAUGUCCAAACUGCUCUUUUCCAUACAGUGAUAAUUAUGAUAAUUUGGAUUCUGCAGAAUACAUAUAUGGUAUUGUACAAAAACAAAAUGCAGUCGCAAAUAAUGAAAUUCUGACCACCAACUGUCCCAUAGGCGGAAAUCGCAGGGGGGUCGGGGGAGUCAGGACCCCCCCCCCCCUAUCUGAGGGUUGUCCCCCCCUAAAAUAUCAUUAAAAUAUGUGUAUUGUAAAUAAUAUAAUGAUAUAUUCUUAAAAUAAUUGUUUAAGAAAUAAAAUAAUGCAAAUGCAAACGGUGCAACAACAAAAAACCCUUCAAAAAUUGCUCUUGAGAAUUGUUAUGUUUAUUGUCCCCCCCAACAUUUUCAUGAAAUUUUCGCCCCUGACUGUCACACUUACAAAGUUACUCUUCUGUUGUAACUUACAAGUCAUUUAGAACAGUUACAACAAUUGCGUUUCAUUGGAACAUUUUGAUUCUGAUUCAUGCACAAAUGUUUGACAUUUGACGGGUGGCAGGAAAUCCUUUUUUUGUGGCUUUGCGAAAUAUUCUCUUCUGGAGUGAUUUGUUUAGGAGAAGCAUGUCAAAAAAUUGCAAUGGCAUUGAAUUCCCUCUGUAUUGCUGUUCAUUAACGAACACCAAAGAAUAGAUUUUAGACUUUGUUUUUUACACAAGUUUAAAUAAGGCAUUACAUACUAUGACAACAUGUAGGUAAAGUUCAGCUCAUGUUUAGCAUAUGAUAAUGCUAAAGAUGAAUCACUUUCCACUACACUGAAAAACAAAGUGGUAACCUCAAUCUAUUUUUAGAUUAAAUUCAAAUUGCAUUGCUUGAUUGCAUCCAUUUUUAGGUAAAAAUUUUCAGGCAAAAUAUUUUCCUUGAGCACUUGACCAUACAAUCAUAAUAAUAAAAUAAACAUUUAUAUUAUUCUUGAGCACUCUAAUCUCUGUCAGAUAGUAUUUUUUUAUGUAACUGAAACUUUGUAAUGCAGCACUAGGAAAAUACUCCUAUGUUUUCAAUGUUAUUUUCAUGAUUUCUACAAGCUAUAAAAUGCAAAAUAAAAGCAAUAUUUUAGAAAAACAUGGAAAUGUAUUAUGUGGGUCCUAAUGUGUUGGGUCAUCAAUGAAUUCAUUUUAGAGGUAUAUUUAUACGCUUGCCCUUUUUUAGGGUCAAACAGAUUAAAUAACAGCAUUGAUUUGAAUACAAAUGUAUUUAAGUUAAUUUAGAUGUUACCACAUUAUGCAAUAUUUUAUGCUACCAGAUAACUAUUUUAUUUUACAGUGUACAGACACAUCUAAAGGUUUCAACAAAUGUUCUCUAUCUGCUGUUGGAUGUUUAGCAAAAUAAUAGUUUAAAGCCUCCAUAAUUGACAAAUACGUUCAAAUCUCGGCUUGUAUUCUAUUAUUUUUUCAUCCAGAAGGCUGACAGUCACACAGAAAAAAAUAUUUUUACCUAAACAUUUUCCUCAUUUAGUAAAUAUUGGUUUCUAGUAAAAAAGGAACAUGUCUGAAAUCAACCUUGACUUCAUGAGGUUACAGCAAAAAAACAACAAUAAACAGGUUACCACUUUUUACAGUACAACUAGACAACAUGUACUGUGAGAAACAUUCAACUCGCAUAUAUGUACGCAUGUAACAACUCACACAUACAUGAACGGAUGUGACUGCACAAAAAUAUGUAGUCCCUUAAGGUUUUAAAGCCAAUUGUGGAAUAAUAUAAAUAAGGUUGAAAUAAGUUUAUCAUAGCCAUUUGGUAUAUUAAAUGACAAUAUUUAUUAAUACAGUACUAUUAAUAUGUAAACAUUUGUUGUGAAACUGCUUUCUACAGUAUUAAUUCAGGAUCAAUCAGAUGCCAUAUUACAGG